AUGAGGAAGAUGAGGACCGGCGCCCAGUUGUCGAGCGCCCUUGCCGGCCGCUUCCUGUCCCGCCGCUGCUACAUCUCUGGAGGGUGGCAGGCGGCCGCGCUCCAGCGUGUGCACUGGGGUGCUGCGGCCUCAGCGCUCGCCGAGGAGGUGGCCGCACUCGGUGCUUCCCGAGCGUUCAUCAUCGCUUCGCAGGCGGCCACGGCCACUCACACGCUGCGAAGCGGCACCGACGAGAUUGCCAAGUGCGAGGCUGCGCUCGGCGCCAACCACGCAGGCACCUGGAGCGGCAUGCGCGGUCACACCCCGCGAGAGGACGUCCUCUCCGCCGCCGCCGCGGCCAGGGAGGCAGGCGCCGACCUGCUCGUCUCCAUCGGAGGAGGCUCGGUCACCGACGGUACCAAGGCGGUCAACCUCUGCCUCGACCGAGACGUGCGCACCGUGGCCGGGCUCGACCGCUACGUGGGCCAGGACGUGUUUGGGCCCGACGAGUAUGCGAUGGGCGGCGGCGUGCGGCACGUCGCCGUGCCAACCACGCUCAGCGCCGGCGAGUUCACGCGGAUUGUGGGCGUGACCAACAAGGCGACGGAGCACAAGGAGCUCUUUGCCCAUACGCAGAUCCAGCCCUGCUCGGUCAUCUUUGACCCCGAGCUCAGCCUGCACACGCCCGAGUGGCUGUGGCUUUCGACGGGCAUCCGCUCGGUGGACCACGCCACCGAGGCGCUCUGCAGCAUCAACGCCAACCCAUACAGCUCCUCUGUCGCCGCGGCGGCGCUGCGGCUCCUCGCCGCCGCCCUCCCCAAGACCAAGGCCAACCCGCGCGACCUCCAGGCGCGGCUCGAGUGCCAGAUCGGCUGCUGGCAGGCGGUCUCGACGGUGAUGAUGGGAGUGCACUACGGCGCGUCGCACGCCAUCGGCCACGUGCUCGGCGGGACGGCGGACGUGCCUCACGGCUACACGAGCUGCAUCAACCUGCCGUACGUGCUGCAGUACAACGCAGAGGCGAUCCCCGGCCAGUGCAGGGCGGUGGCCGAUGCCCUCGGCGCGGGGCCGGGCGAGACGGCGGCUGAGGCGAUGGACGCGCUGAUUCGCGGCCUCGGCAUGCCGCGCACGCUCUCGGACGUCGACUUUCCGGAGGGUCGCUUCGAGCAGGUGUGCGAGCUCUCGAUGAAGGACCCGUGGACGCUUACGAACCCGCGGCCGAUCACCUCCCCGGACGACGUGCGGGUCAUCCUCGAGAUGGCGAGGGACGGCGUGCCGAACUCGAGCCGCAUGGCGCAGUUGCGCGGCUAA